AUAAAUAUAGGAAAUAGAAGAAUAGUCCAACUAUGAAGAAAAGGUCUAUUUUAUAUAACCUUCUGUCACGGGCACUGUUUCAUUCCGUUGGACCCCUUCUCCUUCAAGAUCUGUUUCUUCCUUCUUUUCCUCUACCAGAUUUUGUACCAUAGAUCACUCUCGACUUCCAUACCUAUUUACCUUUCUUGUCUGAAUCCUACAAAAGACUCUUCACUCUGUUCUGUUUGGUCGAUCUAAGGACCUUUCUUUUAUUUUCAUUUUUCAAUAUUGCCACUCCCCAAGUGUAGAUUCUGCGUUUGAACUACAGUGAAACGUAUUCAAGGGUUUUGGUUUUUUCUCCGAGAGUUUUUUUGUCCUACAAAAAAAAACCUCGACUGCUCUCUCUCUCUCUCUCUCUCUCUCUCUCCUCGAGAAAGAUCCGAACUUGAUUUACAAUCUAUAAUUUUGAAAACGAAAACUAAAAAUGGGUAAGAGUUGGUUUUCUGCUGUGAAGAAGGCCUUUACUCCAGAACCAAAACAAAAGAAAGAACAGAAGCCACAUAAGGCCAAGAAAUGGUUUGGUAAAUCCAAGAAACUGGAUCUUACCAAAUCUGGCGAAUCAGAUCAUUCACUGCCUAACAAUACUCCUCGUGCUGUCAAAGACUCGAAACUAAAAGAGAUCGAGGAGCAACAGAGCAGACAUGCUUACUCCGUCGCUGUUGCAACUGCCGCAGCUGCAGAGGCAGCCGUCGCAGCUGCUCAAGCUGCUGCUGAAGUUGUUCGUCUCACUGCAUUGUCACGUUUCCCAGGGAAAUCAAAGGAAGAGGUCGCUGCCAUCAAGAUUCAGACAGCUUUUCGAGGAUAUAUGGCAAGAAGAGCAUUGCGUGCGUUGAGAGGCCUCGUGAGGCUGAAAUCUUUAAUCCAAGGGAAAGGUGUGAAACGUCAAGCCACAUCGACAUUGCAGAGCAUGCAAACACUAGCGAGACUACAGUAUCAGGUUCGUGAGAGAAGGCUACGAUUGUCGGAGGAUAAGCAGGCUUGUGCGCGACAGCUCCAACAAAGACACAAUAAAGAUGUUGUUGCUAAGACUGGAGAAAACUGGAACGAUAGCACAUUGUCGCGGGAGAAAGUUGAAGCAAACAUGUUGAACAAGCAAGUAGCAACAAUGAGAAGAGAGAAGGCGCUUGCAUACGCAUACACUCAUCAGAAUACUUGGAAAAACUCAACGAAAUUGGGAUCGCAAACAUUCAUGGACCCGAACAACCCGCAUUGGGGAUGGAGUUGGCUAGAACGUUGGAUGGCUGCAAGACCAAACGAAAACAACUCAGCCACACCAGAUAACGCUGACAAGAACUCUUCUGCUGGGAAGAGUGUAGCAAGCCGAGCCAUGUCUGAGAUUGUUCCACGCGGCAAAAACCCUUCACCAAACAGUAAAAGAGGUUCAAGCCCGAGAGUGAGGCAGGUCCCAAGAAGUGGUGAGGAAGACUCGAAGAGCAAUUUGAGUAUCCAGUCAGAACAACCUUGCAACCGUAGGCAUAGCAUUUGCGGGUCAACUGCAUCCACUAGAGACGACGAUAGCUUAACCAGUAUCCGCUCCCACUCAGUUCCAGGCUACAUGGCGCCUACGCAAGCCGCCAAAGCAAGAGCUCGGUUCUCGAACCUUAGUCCCUUAGGCUCAGAGAAGACAGCUAAAAAACGUUUGUCCUUCUCAGGAUCUCCCAAGACUGUAAGGCGGUUUUCUGGUCCUCCGAAGCUGGAAGGCAAUGGUAAUAAUAAAGAUACCGAUCUUGCUUAAGCAGAAGGAUGGAUAGAGUUUAUAUCUGACAUUGUUGAGUAGGUGAAAGUCUGGAACAGAGGUGAUAUCAGAAGAAGGCUCUGUUGUGUCUUUGUUUAUAGCAAUUCUCUUGAUUUGUUUUUUUGGGGGUUUUGUUUACUGCUACGAACUUAUUUAUUUGUUUGAUUUUUUUAUUGGUUUAACAUUUGAUUGUUCCUGUAACUUUCAACUGAUGAGGAGACAAAUAUAAGCAAGAUUGAUGAUUUGCAGCCAUACGAAAUUGAUC